GGACCUGAGGCGACGGCGACGCUCCAAACAAAGCGUCUACGAGAUGAAGCCAUGGAGUGGCUACCUGCGCGACAACGCCCCGUACCUGGUCAUCAGCUGUCCGAGCGUGUGCCUGUCGGUCAACCACGCCUUGUCCAACCUUCGCCACCUGGUGAGCACCUUGAGCCCUUGUCAGGAGGAUCACAACAGCUCAUGCGCGGCCAGCGUGGCCGACGGCUGCUUCCUCCUUGCUGAGCUGCUCGUCUUGAAUGGAUUCCGUUCGAUCUUCAACAUCGAGCUACGCGAAAUGAGGCCAGGAUGGCUGGCCCUGGCUUGCCUGCGCAGACGCGUGGUUCGCGUUCCGUGCAAAAAACAACGCAGGUACUCGUUUGUGUUUGUCCACAGGCUGCUCAUGGAACACUCCUCCAUUGAGCUCCUGGAGCUGUGCAGUUCGAGCAUCUCGCAAAACCACCUUUUCUUCCGGGACGGCGUUGAGCUGAGCGGUAGCAUGAGGCACGGCCAGAUCUGUUGCAACCAGCUGCUCGACUGCCCGCCCUGGGAUCUGACAGACGCGCACCGCUUCACGGUGACCCCACUCUACAUGCUGGAGAUCGUGAGCGCGUACUUCUCCAGCGUUGGCGUGCACGUGCUCUGCGCUCAGCUCAUCAUGUGCGAGGCCCUGUGCACGCUCGUCUUCCUCGAGAACUGGAGCGACGUGCCCGACGGUGACACGCUUACACGCUGCUGCGCCGCCCACCUUGGCCUGCGCAAGAUUCACAGCGACUCCUGCUAUGUGCUGGCCGACCUGGUGUCAUGCAGCGCAGUCAUGGAUGAGCUCGUGGUAAGCCGCCGUGGGCUUUGCACGUACGGGAAGACGCACCGACUCGCAGCGUUGUUCACCGCUGUCGCUGAUCGGUGCGCGCCGCUCAAGACGUACGAGGUGUACGUCUUGGUAAACCAGGUGGACCGACGGGACUUUUCCAGGGUGCUGAGCCAGCAGUCGUGGCUGAGCGGUUAA